GUCUAUAAGUUAUCUAUAGAUCUUGGUAUUUUUAGAUAAUAAUUUGUCAAAAUAAUCGGAUAAUAAUCCAUUAGCUAUAUAAAUGCAUUUAUACGAGUCAAUGUUUGUAGUUUAGUUUUUAUAGAGAAGUUUCGCAUUUCCAUUUCUGUUUUCUAGUUACAUAUCUUAGUUUUAUUUAUUUCAAUUUGUUGGUUGGAGAUUCAAAAAAUUAAAUUGUUCCAAAUCAGUGUUCUCUUAGCACUUGUAUCACGUGAUUUCACGUGACCGUGAAGGAGGAUUUUCUGUCUUCGCAGCUGAUUCGUGGCUGAUUCGGCAGGAAAAAUGUCGUACUCGAAGACGAUUGAUGCUAGACAAGCUAAUAAAGAACAUAUUUUGGCCGUAUCUAGAGAUUUCAUAUCACAACCACGUUUAACAUAUAAAACCGUGUCUGGUGUAAAUGGCCCAUUGGUUAUUCUCGACCAAGUGAAAUUCCCAAAAUAUGAAGAAAUUGUCCAGCUUCGCCUGGCUGAUGGCACAAUCAGAGCAGGACAGGUUUUGGAAGUUAGUGGCUCCAAAGCUGUGGUGCAGGUGUUUGAAGGCACUUCGGGGAUCGACGCGAAGAACACACUCUGUGAGUUCACUGGCGACAUCUUGAGGACGCCGGUGUCGGAAGACAUGCUGGGGAGAGUGUUCAACGGCAGUGGCAAGCCCAUCGACAAGGGUCCUCCCAUCCUGGCAGAGGACUACCUGGACAUCCAAGGUCAGCCAAUCAACCCGUGGUCUCGCAUCUACCCGGAGGAGAUGAUUCAGACGGGCAUCUCAGCCAUUGACGUGAUGAACUCCAUCGCCAGAGGACAGAAGAUACCCAUCUUCUCAGCGGCUGGGUUGCCCCACAAUGAAAUAGCCGCGCAGAUCUGCAGACAGGCCGGGCUGGUGAAGGUUCCGGGCAAGUCCAUCCUGGACGAUCACACGGACAACUUCGCCAUCGUGUUUGCGGCCAUGGGCGUCAACAUGGAGACGGCCAGGUUCUUCAAGCAGGACUUCGAGGAGAACGGGUCGAUGGAGAACGUGUGCCUGUUCCUAAACCUGGCCAAUGACCCCACCAUCGAGCGCAUCAUCACGCCUCGUCUCGCCCUCACUGCCGCUGAGUUCCUGGCCUAUCAGUGUGAGAAGCACAUCCUGGUCAUCCUCACAGACAUGAGCUCCUACGCCGAGGCUCUGCGAGAGGUGUCGGCGGCCAGGGAGGAGGUACCGGGGCGUCGAGGCUUCCCCGGCCACAUGUACACGGACCUGGCCAGCAUCUACGAGCGCGCCGGUCGCGUCGAGGGCAGGAACGGCUCCAUCACGCAGAUACCCAUCCUCACCAUGCCCAACGACGACAUCACCCACCCCAUCCCGGAUCUGACGGGCUACAUCACGGAGGGCCAGAUCUACGUGGACCGGCAGCUGCACAACAGGCAGAUCUACCCGCCGGUGAACGUGCUGCCCUCGCUCAGUCGACUCAUGAAGUCUGCCAUCGGCGACAACAUGACCCGCAAGGACCACGCUGACGUGUCCAACCAGCUGUACGCCUGCUACGCCAUCGGCAAGGACGUGCAGGCCAUGAAGGCAGUGGUGGGGGAGGAGGCACUCACGCCCGACGACCUGCUGUACCUCGAGUUCCUCUCCAAGUUCGAGAAGAACUUCAUCUCUCAAGGGAACUACGAGAACCGGACGGUGUUUGAGUCGCUGGACAUUGGCUGGCAGCUGCUGCGAAUCUUCCCCAAGGAGAUGUUGAAGAGGAUCCCGGCUAACAUCUUGGCAGAGUUCUACCCCCGAGACUCGCGCCACACGCAGAGCAAGUAGACCGCGUGCUGUGCCCUCCGUAGUUCCUUUAGUCGAUCACACCGGCGCUGCGUGCCUCUGUGGGGAGGCGUUGUGUGGUCCGUGUUGGCGGUGUGUGACGUGCAUCGAGCGCUGUUGGGAGGGGAGACAAAGCAACCAGAAUUAAGAAUUAUUUUGAAUAAAUACUUUUUUCACUAUUAUUCUUGCUAUGAUAGAAGAAAAGUAUUUGUCUGCACUUAUUAUAACUAUAGUCAUUCAUGAAAACCAAUUGGCUGUUAUUUUCCACCCUAUAUUCUGCAAUGGACCUGACCAGCUUAAUAGUUAAGGCAUUGUCAGAGUCGAUUAAAAAUGAAUUAAAAAUGAUGGCUACCAUCUAAUAACUAAUGAAUUCAAGAUUGCGUCCAACUGUCUCCCCAAAGGCUGCCGGGACUGAAACUAAACAUUCCACAUAAAUUAGUAAUAUUCUAAGUAGCUAACUUCAUCAUAUGAAUAUUGGUUGAAAACAAAAGCAUCAUGACUUUGACCAUCAGAGAACAGUAAUUGCUUCGUCUGCCUUCCUGUUUGUUUUUGUGGUACCUUGAAACACUUUUUUUUGCUGUUAACAACCUUCAAGUCUGUUGAAGACUUUGUUUGGAACUCGGUGGUUAAGUAGUGUGUAGUACUACUUGUUUGGCAGCAGAAAUGUAUGAACUGUUCAUGAUAUGUUGGAAUCGUUGGCACAUCUGCCACUUUUCAACAAAACAUGCUGUAUAUGUAAAUGAGUUUGCAGUUAAUUCACAUAUUUGGCAUACAACAUUUUCAAUGUAUAACCAAGUAUUGUACCUUCAACAGUAUUGUUAGUUAUGGUGAGUGGUUUGUCUUUGUCACAAACUUGUUUUAAAAAUUCUUCUGUAACAACUGUAAAUUAUUGUAUAUUAAAUGUGUACUUAGUGA